ACACGGCGUGUACAAUUGUACACGCGAUUUUCACGAGCUUUUUUGCGAGCUUCUAUCGUCGUCAUCAACACUUGGGCCAUUGGAGCCGCAUUCGAAUUUACCGCUCUACCGGACGGUGCUGCCAUCUCGUGAUUGCCGCGCCAAAUGCAUUACCAAAACAAGAAAACAAGAUGGACGCCUCGACGUUCUACGGCGCGUCAAGCAUCCAGACUCAUGCGAGAACAAGACGCAAGACUCCGAACUCGUCAGUAGACCAGCUUUUUGACGCCAUCAUGAAUGGAGAUGUGUCAGACGCCGAUCUUUCUGACGAUGAAGUCGCCGAUGUACAGGCAGCUCAAGCGGUAACUGCAUCGAAUGAGGAGCAUGACCCUAAAAUGCAUCCUGCAGACGACGAGGGUGAUCUCAGUGACAGUGAUGAGAUGCCUGCGAAAAAAGUGAAGCAUGUCAAGUGGCUCUCCAAACCUUUCGAUCCAGUGGACACGCGCUGCACCUACCACCCGCUUGGCGGAUCAACGCCAGAAGAACCGCUAAAGUAUUUCAUGAAGUAUUUCACCGAUGAAGUGUUCGAGGACUUCACGAAGUACACAAAUAUUUAUGCCUUGCAGAACACAGGAAACGAACUUUCGUGCUCCGUGCAAGAGAUGAAAGUGUUUUUUGGAAUUCUCAUUUACAUGGGUGUCCUGAAAUUCCCACGUGUCCGCAUGUAUUGGCAAAGCGGUACCCGAAUUUCUGCAAUUGCAGAUGCAAUGGCGGUAAACAGAUUUUUUAAAUUGCGAAGCGCAUUGCACAUAACUGACCAGAAUGAGCCAAGGGAUGCAUCCAGUGUGGACAAGUUCUGGAAGGUGAGGCCGCUCCUCGAUGUCAUUAGGUCCCGGUGCCUUCAGCUUGAAGAGCUUGAACAUAACUGCAUUGAUGAGCAGAUGGUGGCAUUUACAGGAAGGGUCCCAGCAAAACAGGUGGUGAAAAGUAAGCCAAACCCUGUUGGUGUGAAGAUCUUUGUGCGAUGCAGCACCGAUGGUCUGGCGCAUGAUUUUGAACUCUAUCAGGGCAAAGGCACAGGAGUAGACCGGGAGUUCUCCUACCUUGGUCUAGGGGGCUGUGUGGUAAUGAGACUUGUGGAGUCAUUCCCACAGCACCGCAACCUGAAAUUGUUCUUUGACAAUUACUUCACGUCCGUGCUGCUUCUGAGGGAGCUAAAAGGUAUUGGAAUCCUUGCCACGGGUACGAUCAGGUGCAACAGGCUGCUGGGUUGUAAGCUGAAGGGCGAAAAAGAAAUGCGAAAGGAGGAGCGUGGGAGCACCGAUGUCAAGGUGACAGAGGAAGGAGACGUUGCCCUUGUGCGAUGGAAGGACAACAAUCUGGUCACGGUGGCCUCAACACAGGUUUCCACUGGUGAAGCUAGGGCU